UUUUUAUCUGUUUUUGGUGCAUUCACUUUAAACCCAUGUUACAAAUUCAGCAUCAUAAGCCACCCAAAGAAAGCUUGCUUCUCUUUUAGGGAGGUUUCUCAAGUGGAAGAAUUAGAGGCACCCGCACCUUACAUGUAAAAAAUAAAGCUUCUAGUCACUAGGAUUAAAAAAAUUAGGUGAAAUACUCUAUUGGGUUCAACGAAUCUUCGUCAAUCCAUUGGGGGUUAUGACAAAAACUCAUCAAAUUUGUACGCUUUGUGUGCAUGUUUGACUUUGAAUUUGCGUACACUUGAAGACACCUCUUUUCUUAAGCUUAGUUUUUUUUUGGUCAAUAUUUCUUAAGCUUAGUUCUCACCAAUCACCGUGUUAAAUGAUGUAUCGAAUGACAUGUCUUUCUUUUUCAUUUGCUUUAGUUUUUCUUUGAGGGACUUGGGUGUAGUAAGAUUCUUCUUUUUGGAGCCAAAGAAAUAAAAAGGGCGUCACUGUUCUUCCCUGUUCUUUGCGUUUUUAUACACAAAAGAGAAAGACCGAAAAAGAAAUUUUUUUUUUUAAAAAAAGAAAAGAAAAGAGGAAAAGGGUCAGAGGGGAAUAAAUAGCUUUAUAGGUCUGAAAAUUUUGAAACUUUUUUUUGGUUAAUCGUGAGAUCUUAUCUGAUAUAGGUCUCUUCUGCAGUCUUCAUCCACCCUUCGCUGCUGGUCGUUGAUUUGUUUGAGAUUAAACAUUCUGGGGUUGAAUAAUGCCAGGUGGGUGAUUUUGAUUGCAAUCAUUGAUCCUGGGUUGACUUGCAUUGAAGACAAAUGCGGCUGAAUUGAUGCAACUUUUUGUAGGCAAUUGUUCGUUAUGCAUGAACCCCUGUUGUUUUUGUGGAAAUUUUAUUGAUUAUGAGCAGAUAACAUUCUGCAUUAUGAAUUGGAUUAAAAAAGUUUUUAAGGGGUGUGCCCAUAAAUCUUCAGAGGGACAUUAUCAUGGACAUUAUGCCGAGGAUCGUCAAUUUUAUGCACCUUCAGGCUCUGGGGAUGCUUGGAGGGAGCAUGAGAAUGAAGAGAUAGAUCGUGCUAUUGCCCUAUCUCUUCUCGAGGAAAGUCAGAAGGGGAGAAGGGUAAAAGAUGAUAAAUCUCAACUAGAGGAUGAUGAGCAACUUGCAAGAGCUAUACAAGAAAGCUUGAACUUUGAACCUCCUCCACAAUACGAAAAUGUAAAUACUUAUCAACCUAUGCCAGUCCAUUUUCCAACGGGAUACAGUAGGAUUUGUGCGGGUUGCAAUACCGAGAUUGGUUGCGGAAGAUUUCUAAAUUGCCUCAGUGCAUUUUGGCAUCCAGAAUGUUUCCGUUGCCAUGCUUGCAAUCUCCCAAUUUCUGAUUAUGAGUUCUCUAUGUCUGGUAAUUACCGUUUUCAUAAAUCUUGCUACAAGGAGCAGUACCAUCCAAAAUGCGAUGUCUGCAACCACUUUAUUUCAACAAACCCUGCUGGUCUUAUUGAAUAUAGGGCACAUCCUUUUUGGAUGCAAAAGUACUGCCCUUCUCAUGAGCAUGACGGUACUCCACGAUGCUGCAGCUGUGAACGAAUGGAGCCACACGACACGGGAUAUGUUGCCCUUAAUGAUGGGCGGAAGCUCUGCCUAGAGUGUCUGGACUCUGCAGUUAUGGAUACUAAGCAAUGCCAACCCCUUUAUCUGGAUAUACAAGAAUUUUAUGAAAGCUUAGAUAUGAAAGUGGAGCAGCAAGUUCCCUUACUCCUGGUUGAAAGGCAAGCUUUGAAUGAUGCCAGAGAGGGAGAAAAGAACGGCCAUUAUCAUAUGCCAGAGACUAGAGGACUCUGCCUUUCCGAGGAACAAACUGUCAGCACUAUCCGAAGGCGACCAAGAUUGGGGACAGGAAAUCGUUCUAUGGACAUGAUAACAGAGCCGUACAAAUUAACUCGUCGAUGUGAUGUGACUGCAAUUCUCAUUCUUUAUGGCCUGCCAAGGUUAUUGACUGGGUCAAUCUUAGCCCAUGAGAUGAUGCAUGCAUGGAUGCGACUUCAAGGUUUCCGGACUCUUAGUCAGGAUGUUGAGGAGGGUAUUUGUCAGGUAUUGGCACACAUGUGGUUACUUACCCAGUUCGACUCUGCUUCAGACAGCAACGGUGCAUGGACUUCGUCAUCGUCUUCAAGCAGUAGAUUAAAAAAGGGCAAAAGAUCUCAACUCGAGAGGAAGCUUGGGGAGUUCUUUAAGCACCAAAUCGAAUCAGAUGCUUCCCCUGUAUAUGGAGAUGGUUUCAGAGCAGGCCAUCAGGCAGUUUAUAAAUAUGGUCUUAGAAAUACCCUUGAACAUAUUCGGAUGACAGGGAGGUUCCCUCAUUGAAAUCCCAAGCCCCAAAUUCUCAAACACGUUUCCAUUUUUUUGAAGAGAUAAAGCUCGGCCUUUUCCUUUUAGAACCAAAGGCCCGAGCACAUACGAUCAUUUUCAUAUCUCUGAAGUGUAGUUUUAGAAGCAUUACCAAUUUUCAUUCCUUGUGGCUUUCAAUGCCAUUCUUCAUUUUUUUUAUAAUUAGUUAUUUUUGUCUUUAGACCCACCUUGAGAACAAAUUUAUUUAAUCAUUUCAUUAUAAAGAAAUUUCAUUUCAUGUAAA